GUGGUCCUUUUGUCGUCAGCGCUGACGUCAUCUUCUUACUAGUGACUGCUGUUAUCAAGAUGGCGCUGCGGCCAGGAUCUGGGGGAGGCAGCAGCUUUAUGUAUCCUGUCGGUGGGGGCCUGGGACCACCGCAAGGAAUGGUCCCGAUGCCGCAGCAGCAGCCGCAGCCACAGCAGGGCUUCCCCAUGGUUCCUGUCAUGCAGCCCAACAUGCAGGGAAUGAUGGGGGUGAACUUUGGGGGGCAGAUGCCCCCCGGUGCCAUUCCAAUGCAGGGUGGGAUUGCAAUCGGGAUGCAGACCCCCGGGAUGCCAUUUUUAGGUCAGCCCCAGUUCAUGGGCAUGAGACCAGCUGGACCCCAGUACACAGCUGACAUGCAGAAACAGAUGGCCGAGGAGCAUCAAAAACGUCUGGAGCAGCAGCAGAAGAUGCUGGAGGAGGACAGAAAGAGAAGACAGUUUGAGGAGCAAAAGCAGAAGCUGAGGCUGCUUAGCAGCGUCAAGCCCAAGACAGGGGAGAAGAGUCGGGACGACGCCUUGGAAGCCAUCAAAGGCAACUUGGACGGGUUCAGCAGGGACGCUAAAAUGCACCCGACUCCUUCGUCACAGACCAAGAAGCCAGAGUCAUCGCCAUCACACCCGCCUGUCACCACUCAUUCCCUCCCCCCAGCUUUCUCCGAGGACAGUGACGAGUUUAGUGACUUUCAGGGGCCCAUAGACACCCCCGCCUCCUUCCCUCCGUCCUCCUCUUCCUUCUCUUCCACCGCCGCCUUUGGCCUCUCCUCUCAGGUCCACGCCCAGCCUCCGUCCUCUGUCGCCGCUCAGGACGUCGUCGAGGACGACGAGGAGUUUAGUGACUUUGUUCAGGGCCCUGUAAACACUUUCCCUUCCUCCAGUUUGCACUUCACUUCUCAAGCCCCGGUUCAGCCAUCAUUCACUUCCUCACCACCCCUCCCCGCCUCUGUGUCCAUUCCCACUGCCUUCCACCAUUCUGCUGUCAACACCACUUCACAACCUUCAUUUCAAGGCCCCUCGCUGGAAGAGAAGCUCUUCUCCUCCUGCGAUCUUACCGCCGAUAAAUCCGCCCAAGUUAGCUUUAAGUUCAAGCAGAGUUUGGCUCAGAUGGCUCCGAGAGCCAGGGUUUCGUCCCAGUUCUCGGCCAGCCCCAAGGCCAGGAACUGGGCCAGCGCCACCGAGGACUUGAGCUCCGUCUUCGUCACGGAGAAGACGCAAGAAGCCGCGGCUUCUCCGCCCGACCCCCAGCUGUCGUCAGCUGCUCAGAGCGGUAGUGAGAGCGGUGUUGCUGUGUAUCCACAACAAGAGCACAUUCAGUCCAUCCCGCCUGCCUGGGUUUACAACGACAGCCUCGUCCCAGACAUGUUUAAGAAGGUUUUGGACCUGACGAUGACUCCGGCGGGGAUAGACACGGCGAAGCUCUACCCCAUACUGAUGUCGUCGGGGCUUCCCCGGGAGGCGCUGGGGCAAAUCUGGGCAUCAGCCAACCGCACAACCCCCGGCAUGCUGACCAAGGAGGAGCUCUAUACCGUACUGGCACUAAUCGGUGUAGCACAGACUGGCCUCCCAGUGUUGAACGUGGAAAUACUGAGUCAGUUUCCGUCCCCGCCCCUGCCCAACCUGCCGGGCCUGGCCAUGGCCCUGGCCCCCGUCAUCCCUCCGCACCAGCAGCCCAUGAUGACCCACCCGCCCGUCUCCAUGUCCAUGGCAACACCAGCAGCGCCGGUACCAGUCAUGGCUAUGGCACCCACUGUGCACGCUCCACCGCCCACGAACCCAGGUUUCAUCGCCACUUUCCCACCCGGACCAGCAGCACAGGGGAGCAAAGCCGACGACGAUGACUUCCAGGACUUCCAGGGUGCGCCGAAGGCCGGAGCCGGAGACCAGGCCUUCGCUGACUUCCAGGGCGAAUCCGGAGGAAGUUUUCCCACCGCUGCUGCUGCUCCUGCUGCCACACACCAACAUCCAAACAGCACGGCCGCCAUGCUGACUCCGGUGUCUGGCUCGUCCUCUUCCUCUGGCACGUCCUCCGAUAAGUACGCCGUGUUCAAGCAGCUGUCUGCGGAUCAGCCCGCAGAGCCCGCUCCCCCCGUCUCAGAUGCUGGGGACAAAUACAGUGUAUUCAGACAGCUAGAGCAACCUGCUGACAAGAAAACAGUCGGGGAAGGAUUCGCAGAUUUCAAGUCUGUCAAUGCCGACGACAGCUUCACAGACUUUAAAACCGCCGACAGCGUCUCUCCACUAGACCCUUCUGAUCAGGCCAAGAUCUUUCAGCCCGCUUUCCCCUCUGCUUUUCCCAACUCUCAGACUUUACAGCAGCAGCCAGCAGUGUCUCUCUCCCAGCCCAAAAAUCCUCUCAACAUGGCCGACCUGGACCUCUUCUCCUCCGUUCCCGCAUCCACCGAAAAAUCCCCCAGCACUUUCCCACCUGUAUCGUUAGGCCUCCUCCCCGGCGGAGCCAAACCUCCCUCGGAUGAUUUUGGCGACUUUGCCCUCUUCGGCUCCUCCUCAGAAUCCGCCCCGGCGGCGGCGGCGGUGGCAGCAGGAGGGGCAACGGCGGCCACUCAGGAUGACUUUGCCGACUUCAUGGCGUUCGGAAGUUCCGGCGGCGAGCCAAGAGGCGAGGGAGGUGCGGCGAAGAAGCCUCAGCAGGGCUCGGACAAAUACGACGUGUUGAAGCAGCUGUCUCUGGAGGGGGCCGUCUCCUACGAUGACGCCAAAGAGAGCGGCGUAGGCAGUGGCGGCUCCUUUUCCUCCCUCAGGAGCGACGCGGACGACUUCGCCGACUUUCAGUCGUCGAAGUUCUGCACGGCGCUCGGUGCCUCUGAGAAGACUCUGGUGGACAAGGUGGCCGCCUUCAAGCAUGGCAAGGAGGACUCGGCGUCCAUCAAGUCGCUGGACCUGCCAUCCAUCGGCGGCAGCAGCGCGGGGAAGGACGACUCAGAGGACGCGCUGUCCGUGCAGCUGGACAUGAAGCUGUCGGACAUGGGCGGGGACCUGAAGCACGUGAUGUCAGACAGCUCCCUGGAUCUGCCGGGCCUCUCGGCCCACCAGCCCCCCGCCACAGAAAGAGACGACAUGAAGUUUGACCCGUUUGGGACGUCGGCCCUCAGCACACUAUCCAGCUACGACUGGUCAGAUCGAGAUGAAAGUCUGGCCAGCGAUCUGAAAAAGCCCCAGGGCAUGGAAGGGGCUUCUCUGUCAUCUUUAGUACCGUCACAGAGGAACGAACUCAGCUUUGGCAGCACUGAAAACAUGUCCAACGGCUCCCCGGCAAAGGUCAUGACCUCUUUAGCCUCAGAGAACGGAUCUUCGGGAGGCGACAAGUUCGAGGCCUUUGCCGACUUCGGUUCCUCGGAGCAGCCCGGCGACGACGAUGACUUUGGAGAUUUUGCCAGUACUGUUUCUGAAAAGUCGGACUCGCCCGCUGUCACUACGGAGGCGGGUUCGCAGGGAAACCUUGGUGAGUUUCUGGAUGAGUUUGGCACGUUCCAAGGGGACAAGCCCAAAUUCGACAAGUUUGACUUCCUGAAAGCCAGCGCUCAAACCAAAGUCAAAUCCAGCGAGGAGAUGAUCAAGAACGAGCUCGCAACCUUUGACCUGUCUGUUCAAGGCUCUCACAAACGCAGUCACAGUUUGGGCGAGAAGGAGAUCGGGCGUUCGCCUCCGUCUCCCGCGCCGGAGCAGCCUUUCAGAGACCGCUCCAACACGCUGAACGAGAAGCCCACCCUGCCCGUCAUCAGGGACAAGUACAAAGACCUGACCGGGGAGGUGGAGGAAAGCGAGCGGUACGCAUACGAGUGGCAGAGGUGUCUGGAAAGCGCUCUGGAGGUCAUCACCAAGGCCAACAACACCCUGAACGGCAUCAGCAGCUCGUCUGUCUGCACCGAGGUCAUCCAGUCUGCCCAGGGCAUGGAGUACCUGCUGGGUGUGGUGGAGGUGUACCGGGUCACCAGGCGAGUGGAGCUGGGCAUCAAGGCGACCGCGGUGUGUUCAGAGAAGCUGCAGCAGCUGCUGAAGGACAUCAGCCGGGUCUGGAACAACCUCAUCGGCUUCAUGUCGCUGGCCAAACUCGUACCAGAUGAAAGCUCCCUGGAUUUCUCCUCCUGCAUCCUGCGGCCCGGCAUCAAGAACGCCAAGGAGCUGGCGUGUGGAGUGUGUCUGCUGAACGUCGACGCUCGCAGCAAGAACAAAGAGGGAAGCGCUAUUGGACGUCUGUUAAAACGAGCUUUCAACUCCGAGACGGACAACUUCAAGCUGCUGUACGGGGGCCACCAGUAUCACGCCAGCUGCGCCAAUUUCUGGAUCAACUGCGUGGAGCCGAAACCUCCGGGGCUCAUCCUGCCUGACCUGCUCUGAGCUGCCAUGGAAACAGAGCAGGAAAUAAUUAAGUUGAAACGGGCGAAGCGGCCGGUCGCGUCACGCCGACAGCGAGAGGAGGACGUUCAGUCACUGGAUUCUGCUGCAUUCUUCUUUUUUAGUUCUGUUUUUUUCCGAUGUUUAUCUUUUUUUCUCUCUUUCUUUUUUUCUAACCUUUAUCUCAUCCAUACGAAUCACAUGGGUCAGUCGGGGGAGGGAGGUUGUAUUGAAAUCUGUAACUGCUGCUGCUUUAUUUCACCUGAUUAUCACUGCACAUUAAGGUGAUAUGAAACAACUGAGUCAUAUUUUAUUGAUUAGCAGUGCAAUAUGAUUAAAAAAACAAAAUGGAUAUGUGUAAACAUCUAGAGCUUUUAAAGUCCCUUUUUUUCCCUUCCUUGUGUUUGGUUUUAAGCCUGGCUCUUCAUCGUAAGUCGACUUUUACUUGAAUUUGUGCAGCAGGCUCGUUUGAUGGCGCUUUUUUGAAAAUAAAUCAUUCCGACUCGCCGCUGUACUACAAGGCAUUCAUCUCUUUAUGCGUCCUGUUGAAUGUCUUUGUUGAAUGAAACCUUCAGCACCUUUCGGGUAUUUAAAUUGUAUUUUAUAAAUAUUUAAUGGCAUGAGAGAGAGGGGCCUUGAAGGAAAUUGUGUUUUGUUUCUGUUCUUCUGUUUGGUGUGGAUAUUUGAAAGUUAUGAAGGAACUAAUUGUGUGAAGUUUGACUGCAGCUGAUUUCCCCCCCCACCUUUUUUUCUGUAUAUUACGACGUCAUGUUGUAGCAUUGUAUUUAUCUCUGAGUAUAAUGUGAAUAAAUAAGAGUGCUUAAAGA